AAGUGAUUAGAACGGCAUAUGAUAGGCAUGAUGUCACGGGAAGAGGCGGCGACUUGUGAUCUAAUGGGCGGGGACUCCCAUCGCGGAUCCGUUUUAAAGGUGUGAGGCGUGUCUCGAAGUGUCCACCCACUUUUACAGUGUGUAUAAGCAGGGAAACCUCCAUUCAGGCUCCUUGUGUUUUGGGACCAUGCUGCCUGCACACUUACGUCUGCGAUUGAGGUUUCUAAUCCUGAAAGCGAGAUGGAGAAGACGUGACCAGGAAAGAAGAAGACGCCGCUAUUGGGUCCACCCGAUAACUUCCAAACGGAUGACCAGAGGCGUUUUUUCCGUCCUGUAUUUGGAGCUUCGUGCGCGUCCAGAAACCUUUUUUACCUAUAUGCACAUGACUGUCGAGAGUUUUGACCAGCUACUGCAGCGCAUUUCGACACGCAUCGAAAGACAGGACACCCGCUUCAGAAGGGCAAUUUCUCCUGCAGAGCGGCUGAUGGUGACCAUAAGGUUUCUUGCUACCGGAGACAGUCUGUCUUCGCUGCAUUACCAGUAUCGGAUGGGAAUUUCGACGCUCUCCAGUAUAGUCCAGGAUACUUGUCGUGCCUUGUGGGAGGUAUUGUGUGAGGAUUGCAUCCCACAUCCAACUACAGUACAGUGGCUUCAGAUUGCAGACAAGUUCCUGGAAACCUGCCAAUUCCCUAAUUGUGUCGGAGCCGUGGAUGGGAAACACAUAAGAAUUGUAAAACCUUCCGGAAGUGGCUCAGAAUUCUUCAACUACAAAAAAUAUUUCUCAAUAAUCUUGAUGGCCAUUGCAGAUGCCGAUUACCGGUUUGUUGCCGUUGACAUUGGAGCUUAUGGGUGGACAAAUGACUCGAUGGCUUUCAAAAACUCAGCAAUGGGACGGCUCCUGUAUUCAAAGAACUUUGGAUUGCCACCCCCGAGACCUUUUCCGGGUACUGACGGACCUCCAAUGCCAUUUGUGGUAGUAGGGGACGAGGCGUUCCAAAUGUGUGAGAACCUCAUCAAGCCGUACUCUAGCCGUGACUUGAACCCUGCUAAGCGAGUGUUUAACUACAGACUGACACGAGCUAGACAAACGGUGGAGUGCGCCUUUGGCAUUUUAGUUGCUAAAUGGCGUAUUCUCACCAAAGCUAUAAAUCUUAAGGUUGAAACCAUCGACGAUAUAGUCAAAGCUUGUGUAGUUCUACAUAACUAUCUGUUAAUGGAGGAACCACUGCGCCUGGACCCGCAAGAGGUUGAUUGCACACUCACCAGGCUGCAACGUUUGUCAUAUCAGUCAACCCUUGGCGUGGCCCAAAUGAGGGACAGUUUCGCUGAUUACUUUGUUUCUGAAGCGGGCAGAGUGAGUUGGCAGGAUAAUGUUGAUUAAAAAGUUUGAUCUUCUAUUAAAUCAAAGUUUUUAUUUUUUUUGUAUA